AGUACAAGUAGAAUUAGACUCAUAACCUUUACUGCUGAUCAAGGGGAUAAAUUAGAUUGUAAGCCAUAAGAAAACCGGGUUGCUUCGUGUGCAGAUGACUGAGAGGGGAUACAAUAGUACGAGUAGUUGGUCUAUUCACUUCAGGGUAUAUUUAUAAUUUAAUAUGUCUCUGUUUUCAGCUAAAUUAGCCACUUGUGUGGCCAGAUAUAUUCCGAAACACGCCCUAAAAGUAAAGCUCUCUAGUAAAUGUUUUCCGUGUGCUUUUGUCGCAGGCAGGAAUUUUUCAACAACUCAGUAUGCUGCUGCUGGCUCUGGCUCUGCCGAAGUCUCGUCAAUCUUGGAGGAAAGAAUUCUCAGUCACACUCCUACAUCUAACAUGGAAGAAACUGGACAGGUACUGUCUAUUGGUGAUGGUAUUGCUCGUGUUUAUGGGUUGAAGAAUAUUCAAGCUGAAGAGAUGGUGGAGUUUUCAAGUGGCUUAAAAGGUAUGGCAUUAAACUUGGAGCCUGACAAUGUUGGUAUUGUAGUAUUUGGUAAUGACAAGUUGAUCAAGCAAGGAGAUGUUGUGAAGCGAACAGGUGCUAUUGUGGAUGUUCCAGUUGGGACAGAGUUACUGGGUCGGGUUGUUGAUGCGUUAGGAAACCCCAUUGAUGGCAAGGGCCCACUUGGUUGCAGUAAACGAGCCCGUGUUGGUCUAAAGGCACCUGGUAUUAUUCCUCGUAUCUCGGUGAAAGAACCAAUGUUGACAGGCAUCAAGGCUGUCGAUAGCUUAGUUCCUAUUGGUCGUGGACAGCGAGAGCUUAUCAUUGGUGACAGACAAACUGGGAAAACUGCCAUUGCCAUUGACGGAAUCAUUAACCAGAAACGUUUCAAUGAGGGAAGUGACGAGAAGAAGAAACUUUAUUGUUUCUAUGUUGCUAUUGGUCAGAAGAGAAGUACAGUUGCUCAGAUUGUCAAAAGGUUAACAGAUACAGAUGCCAUGAAAUACACUGUUAUUGUUAGUGCCACUGCUUCUGAUGCAGCUCCCCUUCAGUACCUGGCACCAUAUUCUGGUUGUGCCAUGGGUGAAUUCUUUAGAGACAAUGGCAUGCAUGCUUUGAUUAUUUAUGAUGACUUGUCAAAACAGGCUGUAGCUUAUCGUCAGAUGUCACUACUGUUGAGACGUCCUCCUGGCCGAGAGGCUUACCCUGGUGAUGUGUUUUACUUACAUUCUCGAUUACUGGAGAGAGCUGCUAAGAUGAAUGACCACUUUGGUGGAGGAUCCCUUACAGCUCUUCCUGUUAUUGAAACUCAGGCUGGUGACGUGUCUGCCUACAUCCCAACUAAUGUGAUAUCCAUCACUGAUGGGCAGAUUUUCUUGGAAACUGAGCUUUUCUACAAAGGAAUCCGGCCUGCCAUCAAUGUAGGUCUAUCUGUGAGUCGAGUAGGCUCUGCUGCUCAGACCAAAGCUAUGAAGCAGGUGGCAGGCUCCAUGAAGCUGGAACUGGCCCAGUAUCGUGAAGUUGCAGCCUUUGCUCAGUUUGGUUCGGACCUUGACGCAUCUACACAGCAACUUCUAAAUCGUGGUGUUCGACUCACUGAACUUUUGAAACAAGGACAGUAUGAUCCUAUGGCCAUUGAGGAACAAGUAACUGUUAUCUACACUGGGGUCAGAGGUUAUCUGGACAAGCUGGACCCUUCUUCCAUUAAUAAGUUUGAAAAGGAGUUCUUGCAGCAUAUCCGUAGUACUCAAAAGGAACUACUUCACAUAAUAGCCACAGAGGGACAGAUUAGUAAUGAGACUGAUAUUAAACUGAAAAAACUUGUUUCAGAGUUUGUGGAAACUUUCCAGCCGUAGAGAAAGUUAUAGUGAAUAAUUAGAAAGUAGCUUCUUUAUUCGCAGAAAUCUUAAUUUAAGUCAGAUAUAUAGAGGGAUCAAUCCAUCUUAAAUUUGAUUGUUAUAGUUGUAAUCACCUUCUGUUGUUGUUUAUUGAUUUAAAUAAUUGAAAUAUACAAGUUGAAGAAUAAACCCAAAGUUUUAUGACA